AGAGAUCAGAGGUUCUCACAGCGAGAGGAUCCAUCACUGAAGAACCACGAGGAGCACGAGCAGGAACCCUGAGGCUGAAGCACCUGGUCUGAGCUGCUCGGUCCUGCUGUUCCAGCUGUUCCUGCUGUCCCAGCUGUUCCUGCUGUUCCUGCUGUCCCAGCUGUUCCUGCUGUUCCUGCUGUUCCUGCUGUCCCAGCUGUUGAGACGUGAAGCGUCAUGGCGGUGGCCCUGCAGGUGGUGGCCCUGGUUCUGGGCGUGGUCUCCUGGUGCCUGACGUCCAGCUGCACCUCCUCUCAGGUGUGGAAGGUGAGGAGUCAGGCGGAGUCGAUCAGCAGCAACCAGUGGACGAUGGAAGGUUUGUGGAUGAGCUGCGCUGCCACGUCGCUCGGGUCCGUGCAGUGCAACCGCUUCAAGACUCAGCUGGGGCUGCCUGUUCACCUGCAGACCUGCAGGGGGCUGAUGAUCCUCUCUUUGCUCGUCGGUCUCGCCGCCAUCAUCGUCUCGGUGCUCGGACUCAAGUGCAUCAAGAUCGGACGAACGCCGGAACAAGUCAAAGACCAGAUCGCCCUGAGCGGGGGGGUCAUGUUCAUUCUGUCUGGCGUCUUCACGCUGACGGCCGUGUCCUGGUACGCAGCCCGAGUCGUCCAGGAGUUCUACGACCCGCUGUACAGAGGAGUCAGGUUCGAGCUGGGCACUGGUUUGUACCUGGGCUGGACCUCGGCCUCUCUCGCUGUCCUCGGAGGAUCUUUGCUCUGCUGCUCCUGCAGGAGGACCUCUGCACCCCCCACAGGGCAGUUUUCAUACAACUUCUCCAAGACGAGCCAGGGUCAGAGCAUCUACCGGGCGGCGCCGGCCUCGGACGCCAGCAGCUCCAAAGCCUACGUCUGACCCGGCUGCUUCCUGUCUGAGGUCCGGUCGCCGUGACGAUGCAGGGAAACCCCACAGCAUCAGAAGCUUCAACUUUUAUUCUGUUCUUGUGAAAUGCUCGGAUCCACUUCUUUCUGAUAUUUUAGUUUCAUCAACAUAGAAACACACGGAAGCAGCUGAUGAUCUGUUAAAUGUUGUAAAUAAAAUGUUUCCCGAUGAGG